AUGCAGAAACGCGGCCAGGGAUCAAAGGCUGCCCUCAUCGACGUUAACAAGGCCAUCGGUGCGUGCAAGCGCUGCAAGGACUGGCAGGGAGCUUUGCUCCUCUUGCAGGGCUUGGCCGCACAGAACCUACAGGCCGACGUCAUUUCCUACACCGCCGCCAUCGGUGCGUGUGAGAAGUCAGGAAGGUGGCAGCAGGGGCUUCGACUUCUGCAUGAGGUCUUCGCCAGUGGCCUUCAGCCCAAUGCGAUCACCUUCACUGCAGCCCUCGCCCUGUGCGACAAGUCGGGGAGGUGGGAGGAAGCCUUGGCGCUCCUGGCCCAGUGUGGCCUUCUCAGGCUUCAAGCCGACCUCGCGCUGCUGAAUGCGGCCAUGAGCGCCUGCGCCAAGGGCAGCUGGACCUGCGCCCUGGAGCUGCUCGCCGGCGCGGGGCGGCGGUCGGUGCAGACGGACCUGAUCUCGGCCAACGCCUGCGUGAGCGCGUGCGCCAAGGCUGUGCAGUGGCAGCAAGCCCUCUGGAUCCUCGCAGGGAUGGAGCCGAAGCGCCUGGAGCCGGACGUGAUCACCUACAGCGCCGCCGUCAGCGCCCUGGAGUCCGAGUGGGAGCUGGCCCUGCACUUCUUGCGGCUUGGGAAGCCCAACGCCAUCACCUACAACUCCGCCAUCACGGCCCUUGGGGCCUGCAGCCAGUGGCGCUUGGCCUUGGAGUUGAUCAGGGAGAUGCCCUCCAGACACGUGCGGGCCACGACCGUGACGCACAAUGCGGCCAUCACCGCCUGCGAACGAGCCUCCGAGUGGCAGCGGGCCUUCCGGGCCUUUCUCCGGCUGCUUCAGGGCUCCGAGGGCUCCCCGGAGGGCUCCAACAAGGGCGCCGCGGAGGCGGACGUCGUGACCUUGAACGCAGCGCUGAGCGCUGCCUCCCAUGCCGCCGAAUGGCAGCAGGCGCCCGGGGGGUUGUUUUUGGAGGUUUGGGGUGGUUUUUGGGCAGUGCGUUUAGCCUCCCCUGAUUCCCCUGAUGUUGUCAUUCUCUUCUGA